UAGUAACGAAAGACAGUUAUUUAAUGUUAUAUUAUAAUCAGAAUCCCGAGAGAUUAACAAAUGUAAUCAUGUGGGGACGGUAAUAAAUAACGACUUUGUGUACAAAAGAUUCAACUUUUGUUGGCACAUCAAGUAGAAAUUGUGGUUAUUUUGUGUCGUUUUUAUUGAACUUCUGUAAAGUGUUGUGGCCUGGACUUAUCGUACGGUGUGAAGAGGAGGCUGAACUUGAUGGAUUACAUUAAGGAAUAAGUUCUAGACGGUAUUAUGUAUACAUUCGUGUGUGGUGACGACCACCUGGAGCUCAGGCGAUUGACUUCAGAAUUAUGUUCACCACGACUGGAAUGGUAGCAGCACCCCAGCAAGCGACUAACGCAGUCGCGCAGAAUGGGAGCACCACGUUACCUCGGUCCCACCAUCAAAGAACAGGUCGACCUCCCGCAGCUCCGAAGUCAUAUGAUUAUCUACUAAAAGUUCUCUUGGUCGGAGAUUCGGAUGUGGGGAAACAAGAAAUACUCCAGGACUUAGAGGAUGGAUCUGCUGACUCUCCAUUUUGUAGUGGCAGUGCAUAUAAAACAACGACUAUCCUCUUGGACGGGAAGCGAGUGAAGCUCCUACUAUGGGAUACGUCAGGGCAGGGCCGAUUCUGCACUAUACUCCGAUCAUACUCCCGGGGAGCGCAAGGCAUUCUGCUCGUCUAUGACAUCACCAAUAAAUGGUCCUUCGACAGUAUUGACAGGUGGCUGGAAGAAGUGGAGAAACAUGCGCCAGGCGUACCCAAAGUGCUGGUGGGCAACCGAUUACACCUAGCGUUCAAGCGUCAAGUGCAAGAGCGUGAGGCGGAGCAGUACGCCGCCAAAAACCAUAUGGCCUUCUUCGAAGUGAGCCCACUAUGUGAUUUCAACAUUCGCGAAAGCUUCUGCGAGCUAUCACGAAUGGCACUCCAUCGGAACGGCAUGGAACGACUCUGGAGAAGCAAUAAAGUACUAAGUCUCCAAGAGCUAUGCUGUCGCGCGAUAGUGGCAAGAACAUCCGUAUAUGGACUAGAACGAUUACCGCUACCUACUACAUUGAAAUCCCACCUGAAGUCAUAUGCGAUCUCUGCAGCGCCAAGCCGACAUCGUGCGCGUACUACAAAACAUGCUCAUCAUACGCGUCUUAAUUGUACUGGACGAAACUCGUGUUCCAUCGCUUGAACCCUACGAGGCUCACGUCAUUCCGAAGUGAUAUCAUCUUUCAAUACAGGUAAUGAAUGAGUGGUGUAAAAUACAUAUAUCGAUUGUCAUAUUUUGACAUCAUUUGUAAAGGUAUUUAAAGUACUGAGUGUCAAUAUGAUCAUCGAUAUGCUACUCGAUUCUCUAAUGACUACUAUAACUCUACCAUGACACAACAAUCAAAACAAGAGUUGCUAGAGACCUAGAAAAAUAUUUGUACGACAGUGUCCCUGUCAUCAGCGGUCACGAGACAAUCAAAAAUUUGCUAUAUAUUUUGCACUGCAACUCAUGGUAGGAAUACUGUGUACUAGCAAUGUCCUUUUGCGACUUAAUAAAUAACAGUGAAGUGUCAUAUUUAGUACGUGUAUAGGAUGAGUUUCCACUAUUAAAUUUUCGUUAUAUUAAACAAAUCUUGUAAAUGGAAGAUUCAUGUGACUUAUUUAGAACUUAAUUGAUGCUAACAAUAUUUCCUAAUUGUAUGAAGUAGUUUUCUGAAAGACUCUAAUCAAAAUGCAAGACUAAUCAUAAAAUAUCUUUACCUCUAUUGUAUUUUGAACAACACGAAUUUCAAAAACAGUAAUGACAAAUUUGGUAUUAGAUUGAUUCCCUAAUGUACGUAUUCAUAUACUUGUCAUUGUAAUAUGUGAACAGGGGUAAUAUGUGUACAUAACUAAUUUGCCCACACCUAAGUUUUUAUUCUUAGCAUUUGCUAGACAGCUUACCCUCUGCAGAGUCCAUACAUCGCCACUGCUAAAUACAAUAUACACGUCCUGACUGUAACGAAAGUAUAAACGUAAACGCUUGCAACUAUCUUCAUGGUAAAUUAUCAACAUCGAUAAUUCAAAAUUAAUUAUAAAUUAUCAAUAUUGAUAAUUCAAAAAUUAUCAAUAUUGAUUAAUUCUAAAUUAAUUA